CAUAGUUCAAGAACUAGAAACCAAAUUAUGUUUCGUUUUCCUGAACUGCUUUUGCUUUGUUCUUUCAUCAUCACUCUUCUUUGUGAUCAUCUUGCUUAUGCUGACCCUCCAUAUAAGCUAUGCUCAAACUCUUCCUUCUAUUCAGAUAAUAGUAAAUUUGCGGAAAACCUCUACACUUUGCUCAGUUCAUUGCCUUCCAAUGCUUCUGUUUCCAAGUUGUACAAUACAUCCUUUGGAAAUGAGCCAGACAAAGUCUUUGCUAUCUACAUGUGCCUUGACUAUCUUGAUCUCAGUUCCUGUCAUGGUUGCAUAAACAUGGCGCAACAAGACAUUGCAAACAUAUGUCCGAACUCCAAAGAAGCAGUUGUAUGGGAGGAGAAUUGUCAACUCCGCUACUCCAAUCAGAAUUUCUUUGGCAGAUUGAAUGUACAUGACAACAUCCCCUUAGCUAACACUAAGAAUAUUUCAGCCCCUGAAAAAUUCGAGACAGUUGUGAACAAGACACUGAGUGAACUUGCUAAGCAGGCGGCUUUUAAUCAAUCACUGAACAUGUAUGCCACUGGAGAAGUUGCCUUUCAAGAUAAAAUCAUAUAUGCUCUUGUGCAGUGCACUACAGACUUAUCUGGGGAUGAAUGUGAUUCGUGUCUUGAUAGAGCCAUAGAAGAUGUUCUAAGAAAAUUCUAUUUCUCCAUCGGUGCGAGACUUCUCAGUCGUAGUUGUUAUCUGAGGUAUGAGUUUUAUCCCUUCUAUGAAGGGGCAACAUCUGAAGAUUCUAAUGCUAACAACAAAGGUGGAGGCAAGAAAAUAUGGCUGAUCACAAUACUUACAAUUUUGUCAGCAUGCCUGGUGAUACUAGUAGUGUCCUGUGUCUGUCUUGCAAUGAGAAAAUCAAAGAAAAAAGGGAAUAGAGAAAUUUUAGGACAGUAUGAUUUGUUCCAUAAAGAGAAUGACACAAAAGCUCAGGAGUACCCCAAUAUUAGUUUGGCUUCUAUACACGCAGCUACUAACAAGUUCUCUGAUUCAAAGAAGCUUGGGGAAGGUGGUUUUGGCCCAGUUUACAAGGGUGUUCUGAGGGAUGGAAAGGAAGUGGCAAUCAAGAGGCUUUCAAGCUGUUCUGAGCAAGGUUCGGAGGAAUUUACAAAUGAGGUUCUACUGAUAAUGAAACUUCAGCAUAAGAAUCUUGUCCGGCUCUUAGGUUUCUGUGUUGAGAGAGAAGAAAAACUGCUUGUAUAUGAAUACAUGCCAAACAGCAGCUUAGAUGUCAUCCUCUUUGAUUCAACGAAACGUGCACAACUUGAUUGGAGCAGACGUGUGAGCAUCAUCAGUGGAAUUGCAAGGGGAAUACUUUAUUUGCACGAGGAUUCUCGACAUAGAAUAAUCCAUAGAGACUUGAAAGCUAGCAAUGUAUUAUUGGACAAUGAGAUGAAUCCAAAGAUCUCAGACUUUGGCAUGGCAAGGAUCUUUGCAGGAAGUGAAGGACAAGCUAAUACUGCUACAAUAGUUGGGACUUAUGGAUAUAUGGCCCCAGAAUAUGCUAUGGAGGGACUAUAUUCUGUCAAGUCUGAUGUUUACAGCUUUGGGGUACUCUUGCUUGAGAUCAUAACUGGAAGAAGGAACACUGGCUUUCAUCUAAUAAAACGCGCCCCUAGCCUCAUAGCUUAUGCAUGGAAAUUAUGGGAUGAAGGAAAAGGGUUGGAGCUAAUCGAUCCGUUACUGGUUGGUUCAUGUGAUCCAGAAGAAUUCUUAAGAUAUCUCCACAUUGGUUUGUUGUGUGUUCAAGAAGAUGCAAAUGACAGACCGACCAUGUCUUCUGCAGUUGUAAUGUUGAAAAGUGAAACUGUAAGUCUCACUCAACCUGCAAAACCCGCCUUCAACGUCGGAAGUUUCACUAAUCAUCACAAUGAGGGAGGUGCUGAUAGUUGCUCAGUUAAUGUCUUAACAGUUUCUAAUAUCAUGCCUCGAUUUUCUAUUGGAUUAGUAUGUGUCUGCUGUAUUUCCCAUUUCUGGAUAAUGGACAUACUUUCAGUUAUGCUUUUCAUGAUUCUGCCACUUCUGUUUCCAGCUACCAUUUCUGGUGUAGAUCCUCUUUUCACUUUUUGCUCACCUGAAGCCAGAAACUACACCCCUAGCAGCCAAUUUGAAAGUAAUCUCAAGCAGCUCCUUGAGUCAUUGUCAUUCAACACUUCCAUCUUUGGUGGUUUCUACAACAACACAAUUGGAACCAGCCAUGACAGAGUCUAUGGACAAACACUUUGUAGAGGGGAUGUGAACUCCACAGUUUGUCAGAAAUGUGUGAGUGAUGCAAGCCAGGAAAUCUUCAACAGUUGUAAUUCUACAGAUGCAUUGAUCUGGUAUGAACUUUGUCAAGUUCGCUAUUCCUACCAGAUGUUCUUUUCUUCGAUGUCUUAUACUGGGAAAUACCCGGAAGAAAAUAAUCAGGAGAAGAAUGUAUCAGAUGCAAAAUAUUUUGGUGAUGUUUUGAUGUAUUUAAUGUAUAACCUCUCCAACGAGUCUGUGUUUACUCCUCCAAAGAAAAUGUUUGCAACUGGUCAAAUUAAGCUUUCGGGAAAUAGAACUAUUUAUGGUCUAGAACAGUGCACCAGAGACAUUUCUGGAACUGAGUGCAGUAAUUGUCUGGUUUCCGCUUUAGGGGAUCUUUCUUCAUUCUCCUCUCAUCAAGGUGGAACUGUAGUCAGUAGAAAUUGUAAUGUGAGGUUCGAGCUCGACCGGUUUUUUGAUGACAACUCAAGCAGCCUAUUAAUUUAUCCAUAUUCGAAAGGGGGUGACAGGAAAGCUUUGAAGAUAGGGGUUACAUGUGCAGCAGCCACUAUACUAUUUGCAGUUCUAGUUGUACUUUGGGCUGUUCGUUUUAGAGGGAAGGGAUCAAAAAUUGUCAAAGAUGAGGAAAUAAGAAGCGAGCAUGUACUGUUACAUGAUCUGGCAAGUCCCACUGAAGUCACAAUUACAGAAGAAGGCGAAUUGGUGACUUCUGAAGAGCUUCCAUUUGUUGAUGUAGCAACUAUAAAGAUAGCUACGGAUGACUUUUCAGAUUCCAACAAGCUUGGACAAGGUGGUUUUGGUACUGUAUACAAGGGUGUGCUACCAGAUGGGAGAGAAGUAGCUGUUAAAAGACUGUCAAGGAAGUCAUGGCAAGGCUUAGAGGAGUUUAAAAAUGAAAUCAUACUCAUUGCAAAGCUUCAACACAGGAACCUUGUGCGGCUCUUGGCAUGUGGCUUUGAAGGAGAUGAGAAGCUGCUUUUAUACGAGUUCAUGCCAAAUAAAAGCCUUGAUACUUUUAUCUUUGAUUCGCAAAGGCGUGCUGAACUUAGUUGGGAAACAUAUCAUGACAUCAUUAAAGGAAUCGCCAGAGGGCUUCUGUAUCUUCAUGAAGACUCCCGGCUCAGAAUCAUUCACAGGGACUUAAAACCCAACAAUGUACUGUUGGACCAUGAAAUGGUGGCCAAAAUAUCAGAUUUUGGCCUGGCAAGGAUAUUUUGUGAAAAUCAGAAAACAGCUAAUACGAAAAGAGUAGUAGGAACAUACGGCUACAUGGCUCCGGAGUAUGCAAUGGAGGGUCUGUUUUCUGUAAAAUCUGAUGUUUUCAGCUUUGGAGUGAUCAUGCUUGAGAUUAUUAAUGGGAAAAGAAAUAGCGGGUUCUACCUCACUGAACAUGCCAAGACACUCGUUGCAUAUGCAUGGAACCUGUGGAAGGAUGGAAAAGAAGUUGAAUUUGUAGAGCCUUGCUUGCUGGAAUCAUCCCCGACGAAAGAGAUUUUGAGAUGCAUGCAUAUAGGGCUUUUGUGUGUCCAGGAAGACCCUGGAGAAAGACCAACAAUGUCAGAUGUGGUUGUGUUGCUGGGAAGUGAUUCAAUUGAGCUUCCUGAGCCAAAGAAACCAGCAAUAUUUGCAGCAAGUAGAAUUGCUCCAAUUCACGAGUCUAGUACUUCUAGUCCUACUCCGAACGGGCUCACUCUUUCCAUCAUUUUACCAAGGUGAAAUUCCUUCAGUAUAUGUUUACAGAGAUUGAAUACCCGAGCUAACAGGUAAUUGUAGAUCGCUGGAAAGUGAACAAAGUAAAAUACAAGUCCUUUUUGGGCCACGAUGGCAAAUGCCUACCUGAACUAAAUUAUCAAUCUUAGAAUGAUCUCCUAUACAACGGUAUAUCUCCAACUGCAUCAACCAUGAAAGUCACUAAUCAGUAUUCAGAAUUACACACAACGAGAGUAAAAUGUUUCAACCUCUGCAAAGGGAAUAGGUCUUACCUUCCCCUGCAUGUCG